UAAUUUCCCUAUUCUUGCCUCAACAAUGAGCCGCUCAAAGGUCUUUUUCGACAUCACCAUCGGUGGUAAGGCUUCCGGACGUAUCGUCAUGGAGCUUUACGAUGACGUUGUCCCAAAGACCGCCGGUAAUUUCCGCGCUCUCUGCACCGGAGAAAAUGGAAUCGGAAAGUCUGGAAAGCCACUCCACUUCAAGGGAUCCAAGUUUCAUCGCAUCAUCCCGAACUUCAUGAUCCAGGGAGGAGACUUCACCCGCGGAAACGGAACUGGAGGAGAAUCCAUCUACGGAGAGAAGUUCCCAGACGAGAACUUCAAGGAGAAGCACACCGGACCAGGAGUCCUCUCCAUGGCUAAUGCUGGACCAAACACCAACGGAUCUCAAUUCUUCCUCUGCACCGUCAAGACCGAGUGGCUCGACGGAAAGCACGUCGUUUUCGGACGUGUCGUCGAAGGAUUGGACGUCGUGAAGGCUGUCGAAUCCAACGGAUCCCAAUCCGGAAAGCCAGUCAAGGACUGCAUGAUCGCUGACUGUGGACAACUCAAGGCAUAAAUUAAUUGCACCCGAAAUCUCCUUCAUCUCUUGAUUAUAUAUUUUCAGUAUUCAACUAAUCCAUAUUUUUCUCAUAAACCUCAGUUAUCCCCG